AUGACUGACCACGAUCAGAGCAGUGCAGUGCAGGACUACUUCUUGGACAGCCUGGAGUACACAUCCUCCUUUGUUGAAUGGAACUUUGGCGAUGCAGAUGAAGAAGCACAAGCUUUCUCUUCUGGGAGCACUGCCAAGAUCAACAAAGUGAACAAGAAGACACAGAGAUUGCACAUCAUUCGCCUGAGUGAGUUGAAAGAAGUUCAACACCAAGACAAGCUUCGCUUCCCUUUUCUGGGACAUGUGUCCACGACCAAGUCGGCUUCAUCCAUACCCUUUUGCAAAUUGUUUGGAUGCGUUUUCUACUUCGUCCCUCCAGCCGCGCCAAGUCCAACAAGUUCCAUUGUCAUUCCAAGUUGGCUCAUUCAGACGACCAACAAGGCUGCACAGGCAACGAUUACUGAACAAGUCGUUACUGUGCACUGUGUGAUGCUUCCCAUCAGCGGUGCACUGACCGCUGCCAUCCAGCGCAGUGAAUCGGAGAUGCCAAUGAUCAAAUAUGUCGCCCCCAAGAAGAAGGAUGAACCGCCUGCUCAUGAGCCAUCAUCCUUCCCAGAUCAAGAGCAGCGGAUGGGCUAUGGUUUUGCUGUUGUUACACGAAAGAAGGAUAUGGAGACUGCUGGUAUGCAGACAUCAUUACCGACAAUGACAAAGGAACAGCGCAAAGUUGAGAAGGAGAAACGCAAAGCCCUCUUGAAUGCAAAGCAUUUGCUGAGGUAG